AUGGAGGAGCGGAUCGAGCGCCUCAUGAACGAAUCCGCUGCUGCUUCCUCCUCCAACUCCGACGAGGCAUCCCUCGACCUCCUCAGGUCAGGAACUGAAAAUUGUAAUUUGGUCACCUUUUGGACGUAUGAUGAUUCUGUGUUAAUUAAAACUGCUGAUAUUGGUCAGAUGAUUAUGGUAAGAGGAGAAAAUGAUCCUGCUCCAGAAGGAGUUGAGUACAAGCAUGGGCUUACUCCUCCAAUGAGGGAUGCAUGCAGGCAGAACGCUGAUCUUUCUUACACAAUGUUGCAGGCAGAGUUGGUUAAUCAAGUUGAGAAGCAUCUCAUCAAUAUUAUGCACGGAGUAUCUAAUGCCAAUGUAAUCGGAGGCGAGGAAGGCAGUGAUCGUAAGAAAGCUGCAGUGGCUCGUGCAACCAAGCUUGAUGUUCCAGAGCCUGCUGCAAUUGGCGAGGAAGCUGAACCUGAGAGGAGCGACUCGGAUAGUCGGAUGAGUCCGUGGACCUAG